AUGAUAGUAGAUUCAGGGUCACCAGCUAAUAUUAUCCGGGAAUGCACAUUCCAAAAACUAAAGGAAGGAGGUGCAAAUAUCAUGAACGAAAGGAAUGCGGACGACCUACAUCUACAGUCCUUUGCUUCUGACUCCAAAAUAUUGUUCACGAGGGCUUUUGAGGCGGAAAUUAUGGUUCCCGAUGCAGAGGCUGGAGUAUGGACGCAUCUCCUAGUUGCUCCUAAGGGCCAGACCGAUUUGUUGAGCAAGGCAACCGCUUUUGCUCUAGGCGUUCUAAAAAUUGGAUACAGUAUGAACCAAAUCAGUAGUGAAUCGGAUUAUACAACGAUGGACUCGGAAUUUCCAAAGCUACCUGGCCCUGCUUUGAAAAUUCAAGUGGACGGUCACAUCAAACCCGUUGUCCAAGCUGCAAGACGCCUUCCUAUCUCGAUGGAAGCCGACGUUGAAAAGGUCAUACAAGAUCUUAUCGAUAAAAAGAUCAUCGAACGGGCAGAAGCACCAUUCACAUGGAUAUCACCGCUAGUACCGGUUAGGAAAAGUGAUGGGAAAAUAACUCUGCGUUGA